GCGUUGCUGUCAUGGCUGCCUCCAUGUACGUAUAAUCUCACAUGGGAGUCUAGGUUUGUGAGCGCUAUCCGUCGUGACAAGACGCCGGCGACUUCGGACCCUCCUCCUCUCGUUUUUCUCCUCCUUCGUGGGACACUGUAUCGGGUGCAGCGAUGCCGGGAAUGAUGUGGACGCCGGAGCUGGCGCUUCUGAGGGGCUUCUCCACGGAGGCGGAGCGGCUGGUUUGGAAGCAGGAGGGCAUCUGUGGUUCAGAUAUUGGAGUUUUCUUAGAAUUGCUGUUAGAAGGGAGCUAUGAGGCCUUGUUCUUCCACUCAACGACACAAACUAUUUUAAAUUCAACAAUGAUGGCUGAAGAAAAGAUUGACAGCUACCUGGAGAAGCAGAUAGUGAAUUUCCUGGAUUGCUCUACAGAUUUUGAAGAAAUUGAAAGACAGCAGCUGGUAUUCCUACUUGGUGUGAGCAGCUUGCAGCUUUUUGUCCAGAGCAACUGGACUGGACCUCUUGUGGACUUGCACCCUCAGGAUUUCUUGCCAUCUGGUCUGCUGGAGCAAUUCAGUGAGGUCAAAGGACUGGAUGCUAUUAUUAUGGGUCUCCUCAUUCUAGAUGGUGAAUCAGUCUACAGCCUCACUUCAAAGCCCAUACUGCUGCUAAUAGCACGCAUUAUCCUAGUGAACAUCAGACAUAAAUUGACAGCUCUCCAGAGCGUGCCAUGGUGGACGUUGAGAUAUGUGAAUAUUCAUCAGCAAUUGCUUGAGGAGCGAUCACCUCAGCUUUUUGCUCUUGCCAAAAACUGUAUUGAUCAAGUGAUGAAACAGGAGAAUUUAUUUGAUGGUGAUUCAGGUCGACUUUUGGCUAUUCAAUUUCAUCUGGAAUGUGCACAUGUAUUUUUAUAUUAUUAUGAAUAUAAAGAAGCAAAGGACCGGUUCAGUACUGCUAAAGACAUCAGCAAGUUAGAGAUUGACCUGACAGGUGCUUUGGGAAAAAGGACACGAUUCCAGGAAAAUUACGUGGCACAGCUGAUUGUAGAUGUCCGGAGAAAAGAGGCUGUCCCUUUCAGUUGUGAGUUCAGCCCAGCACCCACGCCCCAGGAGUAUUUGGCCAAGAAUCUUGAGCUCAAUGAUGAUACUGUUCUGAAUGAAAUAAAGUUAGCAGAUAGUGAACGGUUUCAGAUGCCAGACCUGUGUGCGGAGGAGCUUGCUGUGGUCCUUGGAGUCUGCACAAAUUUCCAGAAGAACAACCCGGUUCAUAAGCUAACGGAGGAGGAGCUGCUGGCCUUCACAUCGUGUUUACUUUCACAACCAAAGUUCUGGGCCAUUCAGACGUCAGCCUUAAUCCUCCGGACAAAACUUGAAAGAGGAAGCACGCGGCGAGUGGAGCGGGCCAUGAGGCAGACCCAGGCUCUUGCAGACCAAUUUGAAGAUAAAACCACAUCUGUACUGGAACGUCUGAAGAUUUUCUAUUGUUGUCAAGUACCCCCUCACUGGGCUGUUCAGCGCCAGCUCGCAGGUUUGCUGUUUGAGUUGGGAUGCACCUCCUCAGCCCUGCAGAUAUUUGAGAAGCUGGAGAUGUGGGAGGAUGUGGUCAUCUGCCACGAGAGGGCUGGGCGGCACGGGAAGGCAGAAGAAAUACUUAGGCAAGAACUGGAGAAAAAGGAAACACCAAGUUUAUAUUGCUUACUUGGAGAUGUCCUGCAAGAUCACUCCUGCUACGACAAGGCCUGGGAGCUGUCCCAGCACCGCAGUGCACGUGCCCAGCGCUCCAAAGCGCUCCUCCAUCUUCGGAACAAGGAGUUUCGGGAAUGUGUGGAGUGCUUCGAGCGCUCAGUGAAGAUCAAUCCCAUGCAGCUCGGGGUCUGGUUCUCUCUAGGCUGCGCCUACUUGGCCUUGGAAGACUAUGGUGGAUCAGCAAAGGCGUUUCAGCGUUGUGUGACUCUAGAACCCGAUAAUGCUGAGGCUUGGAACAAUUUAUCUACUUCCUAUAUUCGAUUAAAGCAAAAAGUCAAAGCUUUUAGAACGUUACAAGAAGCCCUCAAGUGUAACUAUGAACACUGGCAAAUCUGGGAAAACUACAUUCUCACCAGCACCGACGUCGGGGAGUUUGGGGAAGCCAUCAAAGCUUACCAUCGGCUCCUGGACCUCCGAGACAAAUACAAAGAUACUCAGGGGCAACAAGAUGGUGGCAGAGUGGUCAACCUUGUUUCUCCUGGGAGUACUCUGGAGAAGGUCCUUAAAAUUCUGGUCCGGGCAGUGGUUAAUGAUAUGACCGACCGAAGUGGAGCUGUUGCCUCCAGCCUCAAAGGCAAGCUGCAGGAGUUGUUUGGCAGAGUAACUUCAAGGGUGACCAAUGACGGAGAAGUCUGGAGACUGUAUGCCCAAGUGCAUGGGAAUGGGCAGAGUGAGAAGCCAGAUGAGAACGACAAGGCAUUCCAGUGUCUCUCGAAGGCGUACAAGUGUGACACACAGUCCAGUUGUUGGGAGAAAGAUGCUACAGCAUUUAAGGAAGUUGUUCACAGAGCCAUAGGACUCGCUCAUGUGGCUAUGAAAUGCGCUGAGAGCAAGUCCAGUCCCCAGGAAGCUGUACAAGCACUUUCUUCAGUUCGGCUCAAUUUACGUGGCUUGCUAUCCAAAGCAAAGCAGAAUUUUACAGAUGUGGUAAGUGGAGAAGUCUCUGGAGAGCUCGCCAGUGAAAUAGCAGCUGUGAAUGCUCUGGAGGCAGAGCUGCAAGACCUCAGCAACCAGCUUCGAAACCGGUACUGACUGAAAAGCAGCUUGUGGCGCAGUCUCUUCUGCUUUCUCCAAUUCCUCCAGUACCUGUAUAUCUGAAACACAAGAUACCAUUUUUAAAAUAAAUUUGUUUGC